AUGGCGUCAGUUAUUGAUAGAAUCAGAGAAUCAAUGCAGUAUGUCAAGAGUUCUCAAGGCAGAAUGGAGAAAUUCAAUGCGAUGAUUGCGCGGGUGGGACUUGCUUGUAAAAACCAUCCUUCCCUGGAUGUGCCUACCCGAUGGAAUUCAACGUACCUAAUGCUUGAAUCAUCAUUGCCGUUCAGAGCAGCGUUCGAAGCCUUGAAAGAAACUGACAAAGAUUAUAAAUCUGCUCCUUCAGCUAGUGAAUGGGAGAUGGCCGAAGCUAUUUGCCAUCUUUUGGGCGCCUUUUACACAGCCACAAAGAAAAUCUCGGGUAGGACAUAUCCCACCUCUCACAUGUACUUCUAUGAGGUCUGGAAUGUGAAGCAGAUAAAGGAGAAAGAAGUCAUAAGUGAAAAUCCUACCAUUGUUGCCAUGGUGAAAGAGAUGGAGGAGAAAUGGAUGAAAUAUUUUGAGGAGUCGUUCUUAACAAGUUCUUUUGGUGGUGGCGCCGAGAAAUAUCUUACCAAGGUGAAUAGUGCGAUGAAGAUCCUAUUUGCUGAAUAUUCAUCUAAAUAUGAAAACACUUCUGAUGAAGGUGAUGAGGUUGCAGAGGAGGAUGUGCCUGCAGAGGCUGCAUUCAGCAAUGCUGGAAGGAUCAUCACUACUCAAAGAAGUAGUUUGACCCCGAGUACUGUUGAGACGCUGAUGUGCCUCGAGGAUUGGUUUCGAGCAGCUGAUCGCCAAAAGGCGGAAUCAACAGUUGGAGACCGUGUGGAUGAUCAAAAUGAUGCUGGAAAAACCUAG